AAAUCUUUUGAAUACCUACGUCCUACUCUUAUGCGAACUCUGUGGUCGUCAGCUGAAAAUUAUCGUGUUUAUGCGUAUUAAAUGUGUUUAUUUAUAAAUUGCUAGAAAGAGAAAAUAUUGCUGGGAAGACAAAAUGGCAACGGGAGUAAAACCUCGUGAUGAAGAAUCAUCUCUUACUAGAGCCGAUUUAGAGGCGAUACAAGAUGCAAUGAAAAAUAAGAAGUUUCGAGAUCUACUAUCCGAGUACUGUGAUGAAGUACGUGACCCGGCGAAUCAAGCAAUCUAUCAAAAAGAAAUGACCCAACUAGAGAAGGAACGUGGUUACGACGUAACAUUUAUUAAUCCAAAGGGUGGUUAUGUCAUUAAAACAAGUGUAGCCGGAGAUAGAAAAGCUUUUAUCAAUAUAUGUAGCAACGAGAAUGUUGGCAAGCCGUCGUGCACCGUACAAGAACGAAACGGCCAAAAAGGAAUGAACUGGCAACUUCCGUAUACAAUAAUUCCACCAAGAGAAGAUUUUAAUCAAAAAAGAGAACGCUGUGUUAUUUACGAUGUAGUAUUUCAUCCUGAUACACUGCGCAUGGCUGAGGUUAACAAGCGAUUCCGUGAGUUAGUAAACAAUACUGCUUUUGAUGGACUGCAGAAAACCUACGAUAUUCAUUUCGAUAGUAACAAUCGUCGUUUUCCAAAGGCAUGUUAUAAAGGUAUGACUGUACCGGCUGUUAUAAGAAAGGAAGAUCCAAAUUUUAAACCUCCAACUGAUGAAGAAAAUCAAGAAUUUACACCGGAAAUCUUAGAAAAACUGUACCCACAACACAUAUACCCAGAAAAUAAAGAGCACUUACAAGAAAAUGUCACAAAAGAAGAACAGCAUAGGAAAAAAGCCAAGAAUAGUAAAAAAGAAUUUACUUAUUCAUCUGAUAAAGGCUAUACAGUACCUAAAUAUGUCCUUAAACAACAGCAAAAUGUAGAUUUUCAAGACUUUACUUAUCACAAGGACAGUAAGCAGUAUUCUGCAAUACCAAGUAAUUUAACUAUUGAAAUUAAUUUACCACUUUUGUCAUCAACCAAGGACUGUGUAUUAGAUGUUCGGGAAAGAAGCCUCACACUGAUAUCAGAAAAGCCUGCUAAGUAUAAACUUAACCUUGAUCUCCCUUACUCUGUUAAUGAUGAAUGUGGAAAUGCAACAUUCGAUAAAUCAAAGCAUAUGUUAAUUGUGUCACUGCCAGUUAUUAGACGGAGUUUAUCUUCCAAUAAAAUAACUUGUCAGAAGAGCGACAGUGGUGUAGAGAGUGAAGAAAAUUCAAAUAGUGAAGAAGAAUCUUCAAGAAAAACCAAUCUUGUAGAAGAAAUAACAGAAACUAGUGAUAAGCCAGAUUUAUCUGCAACACAGGAAAAGGAAAUGUUGCCUACAGUCGAUGAAGAAUUUUUACUUACCAAUGUUGGGUAUACAUUCCCAUCAUAUACUUAUAAUGCACUAGAUGACAUUGUAGCAUUCACAUUUCAUGUUAAAAAUACAGAAACAGAUUCUGUUAAGGUUAAAAAUAUUGAAAACAAAGUAUAUAUUAAAUUCACUUCAAUUGGCUCAGGAUUUGUACCUAUACAUUAUGCAGCCCUCAUUGUAUUUGAUCAUGAUAUUAAUUUUGAAAAUGCAAUAGGUGAGGCCUGGGAUAAUAAUGUUAUCUUACAACUAGAAACGGGUGGAAAUAUUCCUGAAAAAUUCCAAAUAGGAUUAAAAGAAGACAAUUUGAAAACAGAAUACUUUGAUGUGUCUAAAGUUAAGAAACCAUCAAAACAUGACGCAACUGAAAAUAAUAUUAAAUCUUUGGAAGAAGAUACGUCAAGUCCUGUUGUUGAAGUUACUAACUUAGGACGUGAAACAAAUAUUGUUGUUUCAUCUACAUCUCAUAAUGCUGAUAAUGAAGAUGAAAAUGAAAAGGAUAUAGUAUGGACUGAUAAUGGUACUUUAGAAAAUGGAGCCAAGAGUAUUCUACGGAAGCCAAUUGCAAUGAUGAGAAGUUUUUCUGAAUCAAGCUGUGGAGAUGUUGCAUCAUCAAUGGACUACAUUAGCUCUGACUAUAUUCCUGAAGAAUCUAGUUUGAAAAAAACUGUAAGAUUUAGUGAUGUCAUUGCAAGACAGUUUUACAGAUACAAUUCAUCAAUUGAAGGCCAAAAGAGAAAAAAUCAACGUAAGAAGAGUAAAAAACGUAAUUUGGAAAGGCGUAGAAGUGAAAGUGAAGCUGAAGAUGAUGCUGUAAAUGCACAUCAGACAUCUAGGUCCAGGCUGAAAUCGGUCCUUAAACAGAGACAUGAUAGUGGAGUUGCAGACACUUCAGAUGCAGAAGAAUGCAAAUAUAUGAUGUCUGAUUGUGAUCAGUAUGACAGCAAUACAGAUGAGAAUGCAAAUAAAAAUAAUGAGUCUAAUACUAACAAAGAUUCAUCAAUUUUAAAAAUAAUUGAUAGAAAUGGUAAUACAAAAGAGAAUCAACCCGAGAUAUGGAAAUCGGCACCUAUCCCACACAGUACAAAAAUGGACAAAAAUAUACAAGAUAAUGAAACAAAAGUUACUUGUAGUACUAUUAAACAUAACACAGAUCUUUAUAAUCCAGACAGAUUAAAUAAAGGGAAAUAUUUAGAGAUUAAAUUUAAAAAUGAUCUUAUAUUCGAUCUUGAUAUGUGAGAUGCAAAUUUUGUAUUAUUUUGUUUGUAUCAGGCAGUUGAGUGUUUUAAAGUAAUGAUAGUAUUUAGAUUUGUAAACACUAGUAACCAGUGGUUUAGUUAUUUUUAAAGGCAUGAGUUUUUUCUUUCCCUUAAAACUUUCCAUUUAAAUGAUGUUCCUUUUUAUUGUAGAAGUAAUGUUUAUUGAUUAGCUAAGUUUAUGGCAAUGGCCUAUAUUAUUCUGCAUGUUUGUCAAUUAUUUUAAAAAGAUUUUUAAUGGUAUAGAUUAAAUUUGGAAUAGAGGUUAGUUCCCACAAGUUGAUUUUAGUUAAUGAAAUAUAAAUCAAAAGCAAUUCAAACCGCCUGAACAGAAUGAAAUUGAAAUAACCUAAAUCAAUUAUUCCGUCUUAAAUCUUUUUGCUUUGGUUUUAUAUUUUUUGUCAAUAUAUUAAGUAUAAUGUGAAAUUCAUCUAAAAUCAAACCGUGUGAACUUGCAAUAAAAGUUUUCAAUGUCAAUAAUUUGGAUCCUAAUAAUCCAGUUCUUUCAUAUUGCUCAUUUUAGACAAUAUAUAUUUCUGUAGUUAAAUACAUUGAAUGGUACAAAUUAGAUAUAGUCAUACAAAUUUUAAUGUCUGACACAAAUUGUAAAAUUGAAUUGAUGAUGAACAAUGCACUUUUAUACAAUAGAUGUUAGACAACCUACAUAUUAAAGAUAAAUAAAAUAUUUUAGUGUUUGGUACUAUGUGUGUUUUAAAGAUUCUACAAAUAUAAGUCACUUAUUGUAAUAAAGUUUUUCAUGAUGUCUAACCAAACCAAUGUUGGGUAUUAAGUUUUUAUUAGUGCAAAAUUAUUUUCUAUUAAAAUUGUAUAAAUUAAAUACUUUUGAUUACUAAUAUGAGAUUAAUGUAAUACACUUGCGUUCAAUUGUUGUCAGUGCCUUUGUACAAUAAUUCACAACAUUAAACAAAGCAGAGCACAAUAAAUUAAGCUGUUGUCAUGAACACAUUGCAUUUACUUAGUUAUGAAAUUAAUGUUUAGGCAAUGAUUGUACUUGUUAUAUAAAUCAAGUUUUAGGAUAAAAUAUUGUGAUGUUUCGAAUAUUAAUUUAAUAGACGUU